CUUAUUUCUAUCCCACAAAAGACUCAGGUCUAUAAAAGCCAUCUGUAGUAUGUGAGAAGAUUUCACAGGCUGAGGAUAUUCAAGCCAAGCGCAGCAAUGGAGUUUCUUAUGCAAGGUACAAAUGCAGCAAGCAACAAGAAAAUGAUUCUCCUCAAUAUUUUCGUCUUCCUCCUCACGACGUGUUUCGAAAACAGCACUCAGUUAACGCCAACUGAUUGUGGAUUAGAAUUCAGACACCCAGAAUUCACUGACAUAGAUGUUGAAUGUGGAACGCAGUACAUUGAUUUGGCCAUCCAAUUCUGCCCUGUCUUGUACAGUGGCCACAAUGAGUCACAGCUUAACCUCAACAACAUCAUGAAUAACCAAGCCUGCCAGGGCACGCUUGAUGAUACAGUCUCACCGCCUGUGGUUCGCUUUAGGGUUCCUCUUAACUCAACCAACUCCUGCGGAAGCAACUUUGUCACAAUCCAAAGUGUGGGAACAGGCUUAUUUUCAGACUUCUCAAACAUUCAGACGGUCAACAUUAGCGGAGUGGUAAACUCAAAUGAUAUCACAACAGGCACGGUGACAUACAGCACAGACUUGAAGUAUUACUACUCCUGCUCUUAUCCUCUGGAAUACAUGAUCAACAACACUGAGGUUGAUGUGUCAGGUUCCACUAUUGCGAUGAAAGACAACAAUGGCAGUUUCAUCAGCACUCUAAACCUGCAGCUUUUUAGUGACGAUAACUUCACGCAACCUCUCGUCAUGCCACCAGGUAUUGAGCUGAGGUCAAGUGUGUUUGUGCAGGUGCAGGCCACCAACCUGACCUCUCAAUACUUUGUGCUGCUGGACAGAUGCUACGCCUCCGUUUCCAGCACACCCACCGCCGACAGCUACUUUAAUCUCUUUAUGCCUUGUACCAGAGAUUUUUUCACUAAAAUGCUUGUGAACGGAGAGGAACAACAUGCUCGCUUCUUGUUUCCUGCCUUCCGUUUCACAGAACAGCAGAAUCAGACGGUGUCAACAUAUUACCUGCACUGUAUAACAAGACUGUGUGAAAUCAAUUCAUGCAUGACAUUUACGCAAUGUGGCAGGAAGAAGAGAGAUGCAGCCACGCCUUCUCCAAAUAGAGUUUCAGACAGCACCACUAUAACAUCACCAGCCAUCGUCAUACGUUCAGACAACGUUGUUAUAUCAAAAGAGGAAGCUGUGUCUAUCAGCACAAACAAACCUUCUGAUGGUUCUGUGGGUGUUGGCAUCGCUGUGGGCAUCUUGGCAUUAGCCUGCAUAAUGAUGGUGGGAGUGGGAACCAUUUUCUACAAGAAAUACUGUCACACUGGCCCCUCAAAAAUGGCCUGAAAUGCUCGGUGUGCUAAGAUUUGACCCAUGCUCCUUCUCUGAGAGAGGACGGCCAGGGGUGCACCCUUCAUCUGGCCCAUCUCUCACCCUGGAGGGCUAAGCGGGGCUCAGAAUAAAACUGUUGUCAUCUAUAUGUUUUUUUGUAGUGCUUUUGGUGACAAAUUAUAGCAAUAAGAUUGUAAGGUAUAUAAUGUGGCUUGCAAAUUGUAAAACUUGC